AUGAUGAAGAAUUUCAGUAUGAACAAGGUGCUGGGCACCAUAAAAAAGCGAAAUACCUCGGACAGCACCACCGACAUCCCAGCCGUUGUAGAUCCUGCAACUGAACAACCCCAAGACACUGCUGCGCGCUGUGUGAAAGCCUUUUGCGAAUCAAGAGGAAGCUCCACGGGCGACGAUGUCAUCUACCUACCUGCUAUCGUCGAAGCCGCCGUUGCCUCGCCUGUCGCAGCGACCGAGUCCGCCCGAUUGAUCCGCAAGUUCCUGAGCCGCGACUACUGGAGCAGGCCGGCGUGUCAGUACAAUGCCAUCAUGCUCAUCCGCAUCCUCUCCGACAACCCCGGCCCUGGGUUCACCAGAAACUUCGACAAGAAGUUCGUCGAUGUUUGCAAGGAUUUGUUACGCACCGGUCGCGAUUCCAGCGUUAGGCAGCUGUUGAUGGAGACAUUGGACACGUUCGAGACAUCCAAGGGGUACGACGAGGGGCUGAACCUCAUCAUCGCCAUGUGGCAGAAGGAAAAGAAGAAGGCCUACGAAGCAUACUCAACCACACCAUCCACCUACGCCACCCCCCGCAACCACAACGUGCCCCCCUACCCCCAGCAGUACCCCCAACAACCCCCUUCGCAAUACCCCCAAUCCCCUCACCACCACAGCCACCACCACUCCUCUUCCCGAUCCAGUCGCCACCGCCUGCCCGACCCCAUCGAACUCGCCAAUCGCCUCGAGGAAGCCCGCACCUCAGCCAAACUCCUCGAACAGCUCGUCGCCUCCACGCCCACCCAAGAAGUCCUCGCCAACGAUCUCAUCAAGGAGUUCUCCGAGCGCUGCACUGGCGCCAGCAAGUCCAUCCAGGGGUACAUGUCCUGCGAGAACCCCGCACCGGACAACGACACGAUGGAGUCCCUCAUCGACACCAACGAGCAGCUCCAGCAAGCCCUCAACCAGCACCACCGCGCCGUCCUCCAAGCCAAGAAACACCUCGGCGAGGCCAGAUCGGACAACAACACCCCCGUUUCCCCCUCGAGCCAACAAGACCAACCCCCUGUCCCGCCCAGAAAACCAAUGGGGAGUGGCUAUGGUGGGAACGGGUUUGGGGUAGCAGGCGGCGCGGGGUUUGGACCGUCAGGGUCGAGUUCAAGAAGCAACAGUAAUGGAAAGGGGAAGGCAUCUGCCGAACCGUCGUACCGGACGAAUAACCCCAACCCGGCGUAUGGACCUUCGGCGAGUAUGGCUGGGCCGUCGAGGUCGAAUACGGGUACUCCUGCGCAGCAGGAGGAUGAUCCGUUCCGUGAUCCUGAGCCGAGACUCUCGACGAACAAUAGAAGAGUCAGCGAGGAUGAGACGCCUAGGUUGGGGUAUGAGCCUUUUCAUCCCGGGUUUGGAGGGGGAGGGGCAGGGAACGGGAGUGCAGGGGAGCAGGUAGGGGCAGGGCCGUCCUCGAAGAAGAACAAGGAUGUUGAGCCGGUGACGCCCAUAUCGGAUGCGACGGAGGAGCAGGAGGAUGCGUACACUCGGGCCGCGAGGGAGAGGCCGACAGCUGGGGGGAGUGGGAGUGAGCAGGUGGUGAAGGACCCGGGGCCGCUGUACAGGUACUAGACUGCGACUCGGGCCGAGAAGCGGGAAGAGGCAGUUGUGAUGGUCGGGUAGGAGCUGGGAGAGAG